GCUUCCUUCUGCAACAGGCGUGGGUCACGCUCUCGUUCGCUCUCUUUCUGCCGCCAUCUUGGUUCCGCGUUCCCCGCACAGUCGGCAGACGGCAGUCCCUGAGGUCCUAGCCCAGGAAGGGGUUGGGAGGCCGCGGUUCGAGGCAGCGUCUGAAGUCUCCCAUUCCGUGCUCAGGAGCCGGACCGGGAUCCUCUCCCUCGGGUUGAGAACGCAGUGGUAACUGCUGCUCUGGGAUUUGGAGUGUGGAAUAAAGCCAGUCCGUGGGCACUGGGAAAUCCGCUCUCUGCGGAGUGAAGAGGAGCGAUCAGAGAAGAAAUGCCCGGUGAAGCCACAGAAACCGUCCCUGCUACAGAGCAGGAGUUGCCACAGCCCCAGGCUGAGACAGCUGUUCUUCCUGUGUCUUCAGCCUUGAGUGUCACUGCUGCUUUAGGGCAGCCUAAACCUACCGCUACCCCUCCUUGCUCCCUGGCCUCCCAGCAGUGCCCUCUGGCAACCCCUAAUCAGCCUUCCCCAUUCCUUUCUCCCUCUAAUGUGGCCUCAGCCCCUUUUGAAGCUCCUUUUCUCCAGGCAUCCACUGGGACAGUGCUGCCUUCGGGAGCGGCCCCUCCCCCCACUGACACCCCAGCUUUCCUACCUAACCUAAUAGGGCCUCCCAUCUCCCCAGCUGCCUUAGCUCUGGCCUCUCCCAUGAUAACUCCAAAAGGUGCUCAUUCCUCUUCAGCUCCCUUGGCUCUGGUGGCCUUGGCUCCCCACUCGGUUCAGAAGAGCUUUGGCUAUCCACCUAACCCUCUUAGUUCACCUCCUUCAGUUGCUGUGAUUGAGGCAGGGUCCCUGUCAGCUCCAGGUGCUUCCUCAGAACCAAAGCCGUCUCCUGUUGAAGCUCCCUCUCACGUAGUCCCUAAUCCAAAAGGUACCCCCAGCCCUCCAGGUAUAGUCAGUGCUGUUCCUUCCCACUUUGUAACUCCUUUGGCCUCUGUUCAAUCUGGACUAGCCUCAUGUCCUCAGAUGCCGCCUGCCACUCCUUUAGCCGUCCCUAUCCCUCAGGUCAAAGGCGUCCCUGUUUCCUCAGCUCUGACUUCUCCACAAAACCCUGUAAGCCUCAGCCUAAAGGGAUCCCUUAGUCCACCUGCUGCUUUAUCUCUUUCAACUCAAUCUGUUCCUGUGGUUCCUAAGGCCCCCCCAGUCUUCCUCACUUCUCUGGGCUCUCACCUUGCACCUUUACAUCAGAGUUCUCUUGGUUCUCCUGUGCAACCUUCAGGUUCUAAUAUUCUGUCAGAUCCCGUAGAGGAUGCUGUUUCUGUAGAUCAGUCUUCCCUGGGUGCCUCUUAUCCCUCUCAGAGAUCUGUAAGUCCUCCCCUUCCUUCCGGAAAUGAGGUGGAUCCUGCUGCUGCGGCUGCUUUUCCAGCGGGGGCUCCAGCUUCCCCUCUGGGUCUGUCUGCUGACAGAGGCCUCCCUGCUGGCGCUGACGUAGCCUCCUCAAAGGUAGCUGCCUCUUCUCCGUCAUCUCCUACAGCCUCUCUCGUUCUCAAAGACUCUCCUAGUGCUGCUUAUCAACCUUUGGUGGCCCAGAUUCCUUCUUCUCCAGGGAGUCCAGGCUUGAAAGAAGCUCCUGUUUCUUCUGUUGGAACCACCCUACUUGUGAUGACUAACCCCUCUACAGUUUCUGCAGCACCUGUUACCUUUGAGAUAGCUACUGGUGUGUCUCCUCCAAUUUCAUCAGGUCCCAUAAGCAGUGAGGACUCCGCUUCCCAAACUGCCUUGGUUGUGGCACCUGUGGCUCCCGAAGAGCUUCAUGCUCAAGUAACCACCACUCUGGGGAUACCAGUCUCUCAACCUCUGCCAGCUCCCGAGAACCCCAAAAGUCUCCCUGUUUCACUAGUCCUGGCAGCCCCUAAAAAUCCUCCCUCUCUCCAAAGUACCUCUUCUCUGGGGAUAGCUCUUUCUCCUGAAGCCACCUCAGCAAAGAAAAGCUUCCUAGAGCCUCUCCCUGUAGUUAAGCCAGCCAGUACUACUCCCUCUUCUCUAGGUGUUAACUCCCCAACCUCUAUAAUCAAGACAGAUUCUUACGCAAGCCCAGACCCAGCUCGUCUGCUUCUCAGAAGUUCUCUCACUACCCCCACUGUAGCUGCAUCUCCUUUGGAAAGUGCUGUCAUUGAUGGGAUGGCUCCUACAACUGCCAAAGGUCCCUCCAUUCCUACAACUAUAGCCAGUCCUUUUCUAGAAGGAGCUGUCUCUUCAGUUUCUAAAAGCCACCCUGCCAAGAAGGGUACUUCCACUCUUACUACUUUACCUUUGGUCCCUCCAGCCUCUGAAAGUUGCCCUGUGGCUCCAGCUGUGACUUUAUCUCCCCAGAAUGUUUCUGCUUCUCCAGCUGCUAUGGCACAGGUCCCUGAAAUUCCCCAGUCUGAGUCUUUCUCCCCUCUUCCUUUUCAAGGUGCAAAGAAAGUUCAUGGUAUUUCUCAAACCUCAGCAUUGGCACCUGUGGCUUCCUCUCCUGAAGGUUACCCAGCUGAGGAGUCUGGUGCUUCUUUUACUGCAUCUUCCAAAGGAACUAACCCAGCUGACUCCCCAUCUCCUUUAGGGACUAGUGUGUCUCCUCAGACUAAAAGAACUCCAACCAAGAAGGAUUCAGCUACUACAGCCUUAAGUCUUGCUCCUUCUGUUUCUAAAAGUGUACCUGCUAUCACUGAUACUUCUGCUGGCAAUCUGUCAUUCACUGUUUCUCCAGUUGAAGCUUCCUCUCUUCCAGAGGCCAGUCUUUCUUUUCAUGUCCCUAAAGGAUCACUAGCCAAGAAGCAUUCCCCUACUGCCCCAUCCCCCAAAGAGGGGCCAGGAACCCCAUCCCCUAAAGAGACCCUGACUCUCCCAGCUGUGACUCCUUCCUCCCACAAAGGAGCCCCAGCAGCUCCAUCCCCCAAAGAGUCCCCCACUCCCUCAGUUGUGGCUCCUUCCCCCAAAGAGGGGCCAGCAACCCCAUUACUUAAAGAGACCCCCACUCCUCCAGCUGUUACUACUUCCUCCCCCAAAGGAGCCCUGGCUACUCCACCUCCCAAAGGGGCCCUUACUUCCCCCAAAGAGAACCCAGAAACCCCAUCUCCCAUAGAGCCCCCCAGCCCAUUGGCUGUGGCUCCUCCCUCUCCCAAAAGGGGCCCAGUAACCUCACCUCCCAAAGAGUCCCCCACUCCAUCGGCUGUGGCUCCUCCCUCUCCCAAAGGGGGCCCAGCAACCCCACCUCCCAAAGGGUCCCCCACUCCAUCGGCUGUGGCUCCUCCCUCUCCCAAAGGGGGCCCAGCAACCCCACCUCCCAAAGGGUCCCCCACUCCAUCGGCUGUGGCUCCUCCCUCUCCCAAAGGGGGCCCAGCAACCCCACCUCCCAAAGGGUCCCCCACUCCAUCGGCUGUGGCUCCUCCCUCUCCCAAAGGGGGCCCAGCAACCCCACCUCCCAAAGGGUCCCCCACUCCAUCGGCUGUGGCUCCUCCCUCUCCCAAAGGGGGCCCAGCAACCCCACCUCCCAAAGGGUCCCCCACUCCAUCGGCUGUGGCUCCUCCCUCUCCCAAAGGGGGCCCAGCAACCCCACCUCCCAAAGGGUCCCCCACUCCAUCGGCUGUGGCUCCUCCCUCUCCCAAAGGGGGCCCAGCAACCCCACCUCCCAAAGGGUCCCCCACUCCAUCGGCUGUGGCUCCUCCCUCUCCCAAAGGGGGCCCAGCAACCCCACCUCCCAAAGGGUCCCCCACUCCAUCGGCUGUGGCUCCUCCCUCUCCCAAAGGGGGCCCAGCAACCCCACCUCCCAAAGGGUCCCCCACUCCAUCGGCUGUGGCUCCUCCCUCUCCCAAAGGGGGCCCAGCAACCCCACCUCCCAAAGGGUCCCCCACUCCAUCGGCUGUGGCUCCUCCCUCUCCCAAAGGGGGCCCAGCAACCCCACCUCCCAAAGGGUCCCCCACUCCAUCGGCUGUGGCUCCUCCCUCUCCCAAAGGGGGCCCAGCAACCCCACCUCCCAAAGGGUCCCCCACUCCAUCGGCUGUGGCUCCUCCCUCUCCCAAAGGGGGCCCAGCAACCCCACCUCCCAAAGGGUCCCCCACUCCAUCGGCUGUGGCUCCUCCCUCUCCCAAAGGGGGCCCAGCAACCCCACCUCCCAAAGGGUCCCCCACUCCAUCGGCUGUGGCUCCUCCCUCUCCCAAAGGGGGCCCAGCAACCCCACCUCCCAAAGGGUCCCCCACUCCAUCGGCUGUGGCUCCUCCCUCUCCCAAAGGGGGCCCAGCAACCCCACCUCCCAAAGGGUCCACCACUCCAUCGGCUGUGGCUCCUCCCUCUCCCAAAGGGGGCCCAGCAACCCCACCUCCCAAAGAGUCCACCACUCCAUCGGCUGUGGCUCCUCCCUCUCCCAAACGGGACCCAGCAACCACAUCUCCCAAAAGAGCCCCAGCUACCCCAUCUCCAGAGGGGGAGUCCACUCCCGCAGCUGUGGCUUCUUCCCCCAAAGAGGACUCAGCAACUCCAUCUCCCAAAGAGGCUCCAGUUCCCUCAGCUCUGACUCCUCCCUCCCUCAAAGGGACUCCAGCCCCCAGAAGAGCCCCAGCUACCCCACUUCCUAAAGGGGACCCCACUCCCACAGCUGUGGCUGCUCCCUCCCCCAAAGGGGGCUCAGCAACUCUGUCUCCCAAAAGAACCUCAGCUACCCCACCUCCCAAAAGAGAUCCCACUCCCCCAGCUGCGGCCCCUCCCUCCCCCAAAGGGCGCCCAGCAACUCCAUCUCCCAAAAGAGUCCCAGCUACCCCACCCCUCAAAGGAGACCCUACGCCCCUAUCUGUGAUUCCUCCCUCCCCCAGAAAAGCCUCAGCAACUCUGGGCCCCAAAGAGUCUCCAGCAACCCCAGACCCUAAAGAGGCCCCCACUUCCUCAGCCAUGACUGCUUCCCCCAAGGAGGCCCCAGCAACACCCUCACUCAAAGGAGCCCUCAGUCCUUCAGCUGUGGCUCCUCCCUGUCCCAGAGCGGGCCCAGCAACUCCAUCUCCCAAAAAAGCCCCAGCUGUCCCAUGUCUCAGAGGAGAUCCUACUCCAGCUGUGACUUCUCCCUCCCCCAAAAGAGCCUCAGCAACUCCAGUCCCCAGUUCCCCAGCUGUGACUCCUUCCCCUAAAAGAGCCCCAGGAACCCCAGUCCCCAAGGGGGUCCCUACUCCCUCCGCUGAAAUUCCUCCCUCCCGGAAAAAGUCUCCAGCCCCCAAAGGGGGCCCAGCAACCUCAUCCUCCAGAGGGGCUCCCACUCCCCCAGCUGCGAUUCUUCCCUCCCCGAAAGGAGCCCCUGCUUCCCCAAUUUCAGUCACAUGUCCCUUGGGGUCCACUGCACCUCAGGCAUCUAAAGGGCCCCCGAUAAAGAAAGGCCCCACAGCUCUCAAAGCAGUGCUUGAUGAUCCAGCUCCAGAAAGUGUACCUGUCAUCACACCUCCCACUCAGAAAGGUGCAGCAGCCAAGAAGAGUUCUGUUUCACCUGUGUGCCCAGAUCCCUCAGCUCAGAAUGGUACUAAAGGACGCCUUCCUGCAGUGGCUCCAGCUCCUCUGCCGACAGUCUCCACUCAGAAGGGUUCUUCUCCAAAGGCUCCAAAAGCCCUCCCUAUUUCUCCCGUAAAGGGCAAAGAUUCUUUCCAUUCCCCAAAGGGUGCCUCGGCCCCUCCUCCUGAGUCUGAGACAUCUACCCUUUCAGCAGCCGCUGCCCCGCAGAAGAUCCUUCCUAAAGCUGGAUUGGCAUCUGUCUCUCCAGCACCUCCUCCGUCAGUCUCUCUGCCUCUUGCUCCCUCCCCAGUUCCCCCUCUGCUUCCUGAACAGCAAUUGCUGCCGUCCUCACCUGGGCUGGUGCUGGAAUCACCCUGUAAGCCCUCAGCCCCUGCUGAUGAGGAUGAGCUGCCGCCUCUGAUUCCCCCGGAACCAAUCUCGGGGGGAGUGCCUUUCCAGCCGGUCCUCGUCAACAUGCCCACCCCCAAACCUGCUGGGAUCCCUGCCCCAGCCCCCUCUGCCAAGCAGCCUGUUCUGAAGAAUAAUAAGGGGUCUGGAACAGAAUCCGAUAGUGAUGAAUCAGUACCAGAGCUCGAGGAGCAGGAUUCUACACAGGCAACUACACAACAAGCCCAGCUGGCAGCAGCAGCUGAAAUUGAUGAAGAACCAGUCAGUAAAGCAAAACAGAGCCGGAGUGAAAAGAAAGCACGGAAGGCUAUGUCCAAACUGGGUCUUCGACAGGUUACAGGGGUUACUAGAGUCACUAUCCGGAAAUCUAAGAAUAUCCUUUUUGUCAUCACAAAACCAGAUGUAUAUAAGAGCCCGGCUUCAGAUACCUACAUAGUUUUUGGGGAAGCCAAGAUCGAGGAUUUAUCUCAGCAAGCACAGUUAGCAGCUGCUGAGAAAUUCAAAGUUCAAGGUGAAGCUGUCUCAAACAUUCAAGAAAACACACAGACUCCAACUGUACAAGAGGAGAGUGAAGAGGAAGAGGUUGAUGAAACAGGUGUGGAAGUUAAGGACAUAGAAUUGGUCAUGUCACAAGCAAAUGUGUCGAGAGCAAAGGCAGUCCGAGCCCUGAAGAACAACAGUAAUGAUAUUGUAAAUGCUAUUAUGGAAUUAACAAUGUAACCAUCUGAAAAGAAGACCCUUUUUUUUGGUGUUUCAAAAGAGUAAUUAAUUGCAGCUGGGUUUGAAAUUUGUACUGUUUCUAUCAUUAAUAAAGUUAUGGCUUCUUGUUGGAUGAA